GUGACCUUCAGCUCGCAGGAGAGCUUCGAGAGCCACUGCUCCUCCGUGGAGCACCUGCAGAUGCUCUCGGUCGAUACCUCCAUCCAGUGGUCCCACCGCGCCCCGCCGCUCGGCAUGACCCGGUUCUCGCUGUGCAGCAGAGCGGAGGUGUGUGAAAUGGGGAAGAGCUGCACCCAGGCUCACUCACCUGAGGAGCUGCAGGAGUGGAUCCAGAGGGUGAAGGUGGCUGCAAGGAAAAGGAAGCAAGCGCUGAAGGAAGGACUCUUGUCCUACCAGGAUCGGCUCAUUGCUGAGUACCAGACAUGCUCCAACGAGGUGUUGAUUAUGGCUGAGCACAUCGAGGGUGUCCGAGUCGUGUGUGAGCAGCCCCUGGACGUGCAGUCAGAGGACAGAGGGAUGAAGUACCAGUGGAAGUUCAGGAUCUUCUCCCAGAUGCCCUUACAGCACGUGGCACUACUGAAGCGGCAACCGGGAGUCACCUUCUACCUGUUGGGGAAGGGACGUUCCAAGGACCUGCACUACCUCCGUGGGGAGCAGGUGGCCACCCUGCCUUCCUCCCCGCCCACCACGCUGGUGGAGGUCUGCAUGGAGUGCUGUGCCCUGGGGGUCUUUGAGCAGUGGGUGGUCUUCGACUUCGGCAGGCGCCCUGUCCUCAGGCAGAAGAUCAAGGUGAAGGUGGGUCGGCGGGAGACCCCCCGGCACGUCCCCGGCAGCAGGGAGAGCAGCCGCCCCGUCGACUUCGUCCGAUGGGAUAGAGGGAACCGGUUCAUCAUUCCCAGUGUGCCGAGGACCAGUGAAGACAUGGAUCUGCUGGCCAAGUACAAGCCUCCUGCCCUCGCACUGGACUACCAGCAGGAGCGCGGGGUGCCUGUUCCCAUCACCCGCCUCAACUACCGUGAGAGGAUGCACAGCUUCCUCUUCCGUGAGGAAGAAGCUGAACAGGCUCUGGUUGCCAAACUCAACCUGCGGGUCCUCAUCUCCCUGACCCCCAUGCUGCAAAGCCUCUCCAUGGGGAUGAAGUGUUCCGUCUCUGGCGAGCUCUUUGCUGAAGUGCCUACCCCUUACAACCUCUCGCCAGACACAGACGAGGGGUAUCUGCUGAGCAGGUCUGUGCCCACUGCCUUGCUGGCACUUGACCCACCUGAAGACAAUCGAGUUUAUGAGGUUACUGUGGAGCAUAAAGCCACCACGGAGAAGACCAUCUGGUUACAGAUACCAAAGAGAUGCUGCUCGGAGCUGAACUUCCAGGCAAACACCUUCCACAAGGUGGAGAUCCAGUUCCAAAUCGACCAACUGCUGUUCCGGCAGUGGCACCAGGCUGUGGACCGCCUGUUGGAUGAGAAGCUGGUCCUACCAGAUGUUGCCAGUUGCUCUGUCCCCUACUCUCAUGGGUCACCACAAGAAGGGAAUAGCAAGCAGAAACUAGCCAUCUCCUUCAUCACAGGCCAGGCAACUACCAGUCGGCAGGUCCCACCUCUUCUCAUCUACGGGCCUUUUGGCACAGGAAAGACAUUCACCUUGGCCAUGGCCACCAGAGAGAUCCUCAGGCAGCCCAAAGCACGGGUUCUGAUCUGCACUCACACGAACAGUGCUGCUGACAUCUACAUCCGGGAGUAUUUCCAUAACUACGUGACCAAAGGGCACCCAUGGGCUGUUCCCUUGAGGAUUAUAUCCACUGACCGUCCCAUCAGCAUGACAGACCCCAUCACCCAGAUGUACUGCUGCCUCUCGCCAGACCAGCGCUCCUUCCGGCACCCCACGCGGGAGGAGAUCGACAGGCACCGCAUCAUCAUCACCACCUCCAUGUUAUCCAAGAACCUGAAGGUUCCCUCAGGCUACUUCACCCACAUCAUGAUUGAUGAAGCUGCCCAGAUGCUGGAGUGUGAAGCUUUGGUCCCACUCUCCUACGCCACUUUAGAGACCCGGAUUGUCCUUGCUGGGGACCACAUGCAGAUAACCCCAAAACUCUUCUGUGUCGGGGGUGGACAAUCUGCUGAUCACACCCUGUUAAACAGACUCUUUCAGUUUUACCAGAAGGAGAGGCAUGAAGUGGCCACCAAGAGCAGGAUCAUCUUCAAUGAGAAUUACCGUUCCACUGCAGGCAUCAUUGAAUUUGUCUCAAAGCACUUCUACAUUGGCAAAGGCAAUGCAAUCCAGGCCAGUGGGGACAUCCCACCCCAUCCUGAAAUCUACCCGCUCAUGUUCUGCCACGUGUGUGGUGUGGCUGAAAGAGAUAUGUCCAUGAUUUCUUGGCACAAUGCCUCUGAGAUAAUUCAAGUGACUGAGAAAGUGAAGGAGAUCCACCAGAGGUGGCCAGAUGAGUGGGGUGUCCGAGAUGUGAAGAGGAUCUGUGUGGUCUCCCAUGGGAUGCAGGUUUCUGCAAUAAGACAAGAGCUGAGGAAGAAGCAGUUACAAGAUGUGGUGGUGGAAAACUAUGAGAACUUGCCAGGGCGGGAGUUCCGGGUCAUCAUCAUCAGCACUGUCCACACCAGCGAGAGCCUGCGCGUCUCGGCCUCCCACCACCUCGAGUUCUUCAACGAAGCCAGAGUGCUCAACACCAUCAUGACCCGGGCCCAGUCGCUGGUGGUUGCAGUGGGCGACGCCGUGGCCUUGUGUUCCCACGGCCAGUGCAGCAAGGUCUGGAAGCGCUUCAUCCAGCAGUGCAUCGAGAAGGGGAGCGUCUUCCCUGAGAGCCUGACGAUGGCCCAGAUCAAACAGGCUGCAUGUGACAAGGAGAGCUGGAGUAGGAGGAGCCCAGAGGGGGACGAGGAGGACAGCGACACGGAUUCCUGGAGCUCGGAGGCUGAGAGCAUGAAUCCUGAUGAUCCCAUCCUCCAGGAGCUCUUAGAUGAGAGCAAGAAUGUGCUGGUGACUGUGUCAGAAGAAGGGCUGCUGAAUGUGAAGUCUGAGGCUUCAAACCUGGGGGAAGGCAGGCAGGAAUAUGUCAGCUUCUCUUCUCAGAUGAUGCAGGAAUAUCUGCUCAUGCACCCCAAAAUGUACAAGAGGUGCGAGCUGAUCAAAGAAGGGUUUGACAGAGCUUCUGCCUUCACCCUCAACGACUCUCCUGGGAUGAACAUUCAGAUCAAGGGCAGGGUUCACUGUGGAAUGGCCUUCACUGGGGACGAGGUGCUGGUGGAGCUCCUGCAGGGCAGCACAGCUGACAGCAGCCACCGCCCUCAGGGAAAGGUGGUGGGCAUAUUGAAGCGCGCCGAGAAAGAACGGACCUUCAUCUGCAUGAUGGAUGAGUUUGAUCCCCGGGUGAUGAUACCCAUCGAUCCCACUGUCACCAAAAUAUUUGUCCCAGGGCUGAAAGAGAAGCCCAAUGUCAUUCCCAUCCGCAGGCUGGUCAAUGGGAAGUACAGGGUUGUCAGCUGUGAGAAGAUCAGCCACGAGAAAAGGAGAAGCCAGCUCUUCUGUGUCCAGGUCAUCUCCUGGAGGGAAGGGUUUUACUACCCUUUGGGUGUAAUAACAGAGGUUCUACAUGCGGCGUUGACUUUGGAAGAAGGCCUAAAGAUCCUGGACUUGGAGUAUGGUUUGGAGAAUAAAUACCCAGCUGCUGUCACCAGGGAGUCAGCCAAAUACACCUCCGGCAGUAAAAUAAAUAUCACCAAGGAGAAUCUGAGGGACUGUCGGGGUUACCCCACCUUCACCGUCGACCCCCAAGGUGCCAGGGAUUUGGACGACGCUGUCAGCGUCAGGGAUCUUGGGCAGCACUACGAGAUUGGGAUCCACAUUGCAGACGUGGCUGGCAUCAUUCCCAAAGGCAGCGCCUUGGACCUGGAAGCGAAGAAGCGAGGUGUCACCUACUAUGCUCCCAACCAGGAGCCCCUGUGCAUGUUCCCACCCCACAUUAGCCAGGACGUCUGCAGCCUCCUGCCACAGAAAGAGCGUCUGGUCAUCUCCCUGUUUGUCACCGUAGGAAAGAAGACUGGUGUGAUUUUAAAGGCCAUCUUCACCGUCUCUGUGAUCUGCUCAGACAGGCAGCUGUCCUACGAAGAGGCAGAGCUCUACAUCAAGGACCGCUACGGGGGAGCAGCAGGGACCCUUCAUUUCGACACCCUGGAGGACUGUGUGGCUGUGGCUUAUCAUUUCUCCAGGAUCCAUCGGAAGCGUCGGCUGCAGGAGGACUAUUUCUAUGACCAGCUGGAUGAGGGAAGCUCCCCAGGUAACAGGGAAUCCCAUCAGAUGAUAGAGGAGUUAAUGAUCAUGUUCAACAGUUUUGUGGCAGAGUUCCUCACCAACAAGGAGGACACCAGAAAUGUCACUCCCCUGCGGUGUCAGAGUGAGCCCAGCCUUCAGCAGUUAACAGCCAUGAAAAACAAGUACAGCCACCUCGUUCCUUUUUCCAUCCAUCUCACACACCACCUAGGAGAGGUGCGUCCUGGCCAAAACCCCUCUGACAAUGUGGAGUUCAGCCUCCUGGCCCCCAUCUGGGAGCAUCUGCUGUCAGCCAUUAGGGUUCGUGACUUCCCCAAGAUGCUAGACCUUAUUGUCACUGAUGACAUCCACCCGAAGCUGGCUCCCGUGGCCCUGGAGUUCAGGAGGCUGCUCAGCCGCUCCUAUUUCAGCUGCUCCAACUCCUCUGUCCAGUCCAAAGCAGGUCACUACUCCCUGCACGUGGACUCAUACACCUGGGCUUCCUCUCCCAUCCGCCGCUACAUGGAUGUGGUGGUUCAGCGGCACCUUCAUUCCGUGCUCCACAAGAAGCCCGUGGUCUAUUCCGUGGAUGACAUUGAGUUUCUCUGUCACGACUUCAACAGGAAGAAUUCCAAGGCAGUGACAUACGAGAAGAAAGCCCGCUGCCUGCAGAUGGCCACCCAGCUGAAGGGCCAGGUCCUGCAGAAGAUGGCCUUUGUAGUGGAUAUUGAAGGGAUGAAUAAGUACUUUAAAGCCCUGUUUCCACUGAACAAAGAGAGUCUUCCAGAUCCCCAGAUAAUUAAUUACAGGUCUCUCCAGCUGGUAGAGCAGCCCAUCUUCAUCCCGCAGCGCAACUGCAUGAGGCUGAUGUGGAAGAGGAGGAUGUACUCCAUGAAGACAACAAAGGAGCACAGCCUGCAGGAAGGACCAGUCCGUGACCACAGCAUCACCCUGGUUGGCAGCCAGACCUGGCAGGAUGUGCUGGCAGCCAUCAGGCGUGAGGAUCUGGAGACUGCAGCCACCCUCCUUGGGAGGAACAAGAACCAAUACCAGAGACACACGGGCUGGGUGAGGAGGAGCCAGUGCUCACACUACAUGGAGCUCUUCCUGGAGCUGAGCGCCGGCGACGCGCUGCAGUUCCAGCUCACCACUGAUACCCACCGGGGCUUCCUGGUGCCCUCUGUGCAGCUGUGGUGUGUUACACCUGGGUUUGACAUCUGCCUGCAGCACACAGAGAAGCCCAUUGACUGCUUCUCUGCCUAUGCCACCCUGCCAUCCAAAGACAAGUACAAGCACGCGAUGGAUUACAACAAGAUCUGGUUGCCCAUGAGUGCCAUGGAGUCUGCUUCGUGUGCCGUGGCUGAAAAUGACUCCAUUGUCCUCCAGAACGUCAAAAUAACCUGGGCAAAGCAAAGGACAAGGAAAGGACAGCUGCAAGGGAGUUUUGUCCUAGCCAAAACAUAUUUGGAGGAGUUCUCCAUUGAGGUGGACUUCAAUCACUGUUACUUGUGCAUUCGCUUAGGUGGGCUGAAGCCUGAGAGCCUUCAAAGCGACGAGGAGUGCCUUGUCCAGGGCCUCCAGAACCUGACUUUUUUUAACAAAGGUGGGUCAGAAGACAAGCUGGUGGUUGAUCCAGAUACCUACACCUGGGUGGCUCAUGGUGUCACUGAAGAGUUUGCCGACAACGAGAAGUCAGACAGGACUGCUGAGAAUACUAUAAACUUCUACAUCCACCAUAUGUCUAUGGAGAACAUCCCUGUCGAGGUCUCACAGGCCUCUGCCAGGUUCACAGUGGAGCUCAUACCCAAGAUGCUGCCAGACAUACGGAAGGAGAAGGCAAUUUGGAAGCUCAGCAAUGCCUCUGACCUUGCUAAAAGCAUUGCCCUUGGCCAUGAACCUCCUAAAAAAGCAGUGAAAAUGUCCAAAAUCCUGCUGCAACAAUCCUUUGAUCUCCUUGGCAACUUCAGGAAACUUAACCAGAGUCAGAACCAGGCGAUUCUAAAUGCUCUCAGAAAACCCUUCACACUCAUCCAAGGGCCACCAGGCACAGGAAAAACAGUUGUUGGAACUCACAUUGUCUACUGGUUCCAUGAGCUGAAUGAGGGGAGUGAGGAGCAAACACCACCUUUGAAGUCUGAAGACAAAAAGGUCAAGAGAAAGUGCAUCUUGUACUGUGGCCCGUCCCACAAGUCUGUUGAUGUUGUUGCUGGGAUGCUGCUGAAGAUGAGGAACCUGAAACCGCUGAGGGUCUACGGGGAGGCCAUAGAGACCAUGGAAUUCCCGUACCCGGGCAGCAGCCGGAACCUCUCCCGCAAAUCCCUGCGGGAUGCCAAACCAAACCAGGAGCUCAGGGAAAUAAUCCUGCAUUACCGCAUCCGGAAGCCGCCCAACCCGUUCUACAGUGAGAUCUGUGAGUUUGAUUCUCGGAUUAAGAGAGGACUGCAGAUCACAGAAAAUGACGUAAAGAAGUACAAAUCCCAUUUGUCAUCUGCUCGUGAGUAUGAGCUGUCAAGGCACGAUGUCAUCCUGUGCACGUGCUCUUCUGCAUCUGCUGGUACCCUGGAGCAGCUCAAUGUCAAGCAGAUAAUCAUCGAUGAGUGUGCCAUGUCCACAGAACCAGAGACCCUCAUCCCUCUGGUCAGCCACAAACAUGCUGAGAAGGUUGUUUUGCUUGGGGAUCACAAACAGCUGCGGCCUGUGGUCAACAAUGACUUCUGCAAGAGCCUUGGCAUGGAGACGUCUCUUUUUGAGCGCUACCGGCACCAGGCGUUGAUGCUGGACACUCAGUACCGCAUGCACAAAGGGAUCUGCGCGUUCCCCUCCCAGGAGUUUUAUCAGUCGCGGCUGAAAACGUGUCCCCAGCUCCAGCGCGAGGCCAGCGUGUUCCACCACAGAGAGAACGGGUGCUGCCCUGUCAUCUUCGGGCACGUGGAGGGGAAGGAGCAGUCCCUGGUGAUUUCCACUGAGGAAGGAAACGAGAACUCCAAAGCUAACCCAGAAGAAGCAGCGCAAGCGGUGAGGAUAGCGAAGCAGCUGACACUAGAUGGCACCAUCCGGCCGGAGAAAAUCGCCGUCCUCAGCCCCUAUAACGCCCAAGUGUCCGAGAUCAACAAGGGCCUGAUGAAAGAGGGCAUCCGCGGGGUGACCGUCUGCACCAUCAUGAAGAGUCAAGGAAGUGAGUGGAGAUACGUGAUCCUGUCCACUGUGCGCUCCUGCCCCCGCUCGGAGAUCGAUUGGAAGCCCACGAAGAGCUGGCAGAAAAAGUACCUGGGGUUUGUUACCGACCCAAACCAGGUCAACGUCGGCAUCACGCGAGCUCAGGAAGGACUCUGCAUCAUAGGGAACCGGUACCUGCUGGAGUGCAACCCCUUGUGGAGGAGACUGCUCCAGCACUACCGACAGCACCGCUGCUACACCACAGCCCAGGGGAUUUGUAUCAGGAAGACUCCAAGCCGCCGGCAGUGA